ACGUGACAAUAACAAGUCAAGAUGGCAGCAGAAAUAAAUCAAGACGAAAGAAAACAAGGAAACGUAAGGAAACCGAUUCUAUGGAACAAAAUUGAAGGAUGCCCAGACACAAUUAAUGAAGCCAUACUGAUUCCCAAAGAAGAUGGAGUAAUAAGUGUCAGCGACGACAAAACUCUGAGAGUAUGGCUAAAGCGAGAUUCUGGCCAAUACUGGCCAAGUAUUUGUCAUUCUAUGCCUUCUGAAGCUUCAUCUGUCAAUUACAAUUCAGAAACAAGACGACUUUUUGUAGGUCAAGACAACGGAACAAUUACUGAAUUUGAGUUAACAGAGGAUUAUAAUAGAUUAAUACACCACAGAGACUAUAUUGCUCAUCAAAACCGUGUUACAGCUGUGAGAUUUUCCUUAUCCUGCGAGUGGGUGCUUAGCUGUGGUAAAGACAAAUAUUUCAUGUGGCAUUGUUCAGAGACUGGCAGGCGGUUAUGUGGCUACCAAGCGAACGCUAUGUGUCUGUGUUUGGAAUUUGAUGAGCAGUCAAAGUAUGCCUUUGUUGGUGAUUACUCUGGGCAGAUUUCAGUCCUGAAACUGAAGGACACAUCUUUUGACCACGUAGUUACCCUAAAAGGACAUGCAGUGAGCUUCCUCAAUUUUCGGAGAGAUUUGGCCAAAAUACCGGCCCCUGGACUCUCUGCAUUGAGAAUGGCCUUUGGCCAUGGGAGCAUCCGAUGUUUGUCCUGGGAUGCAGAGAACCAGUUGCUGUUCAGUGGCAGUUUUGACCAGUCUGUGAUUGUGUGGGACAUUGGAAGCAGGAAGGGAACAGCCUUUGAGCUGCAAGGACACAAAGACAAAGUCCAGGGACUAGUCCAUGCCAAGACGUGCAGACAAUUGUUGUCUGCUUCAGAUGACGGCAUCCUUGGAAUAUGGGACAUGGUUGUUAAGAGACUAGAGACACCAGAUUGGGCAGAGAGUGAUGUAUGUCAAAAAUGUGAUUCUCCAUUUUUCUGGAAUUUUAAGAAAAUGUGGUCAGAUAAAAAAGUUGGACAAAGACAGCACCACUGUCGCAACUGUGGGAAGGCACUGUGUCACCCUUGCUGCAGCAAAAUGUCCACUAUACCCUUGAUGGGCUACGAAUAUGAAGUUCGCGUCUGUGAUGAAUGCUUUGAAUCUAUCACUCCUGAAGACAAAGCACCCCAUGCAACGUUUCAUGACUUGAAGCACAGUAUUGUCCACAUGCAGUUGGAUGAGGCUCGUAAAAUUCUACUCACCACCGGGAAAGAUAGAGUUAUGAAGCUGUGGGACAUGAAAUUAGUUUUACACUAGAGACAUGGGAGGAAGCUGCUCUUCGAUAGAGAAAAACGGAAUAACUUUGCUACUCAGUGAUUAGCAUUAUUCAGGUGUUAAAACAGUACAAAAAAUAAUACUUUAAGAUUGCUUUUAUUUCAUCAUUAUUCUUUUUUUUUUAAAACUCUUGUGAAUAAUUUCUGCACAUCUCUACUCUUGUCAUACAAGUUUUUAGCUAAAUAAAUUUAAAAGCACAGAAAAUAUUUUUAUUGCCUAGUUGUUUAGUUGUAAAAUAACUGCCACUCUGAAAUGCAAUCAAAGUAAUAGUUUCUGCAUUGGAUUAAAUAAUGUUUUAAUACCAUCUCUUUCCAGGGAUUUCAUUCCUUUGUUGCUGUGUAACAUUAGUGUAACUCUUCAUCUCAUGUGAUAACUGUAACUGUUCAUCUCAUGGUUUAUGUUGAACUAGUUCUUGGAAUAUUAAGGAGAUUUGUAACGUUAAUUGAUUUCCAAGAUAGACUGGAUUUUCUGUAUAUAUAGAUACACCUUAGUUAAGGGAUUAAGGAGUUACUCUUUGAGAUUAUUAUUAUUUUGAUAAAAUUGCUUUGAUUAUUUGAAUAAAGCUUUUAAUAUGAUCUAGUUGGGUAACACAAUGAUAGAAAUUGGUGUUAGUUCAAUGUAGUAAAUUUGUAGUUCUUCUUUCUAAAAGUUAAAAUUUCAUAACUCACUCUUUGUUAAAACUAUGAGAAUGUGAUUUAAUUCUAAUUUAAAUUUUAAAUGUAAAAAAAAAGGCAUCACUACACCUCAACAGUUCAUAUGCUGUGUUGAUACUUUGUCUAGUAAAUAUGUUCCUCUAUUGCAUAAUAUUUGUAUCAUGACAUGCAAAAAAAAGCUUUAAAUUAAUUCCUGUGUAUGAUUUAUUUUUUAUUUUCAAGAGCUCACUACAAAUGUGUAGACAAUGUGAAUGAAAAUUAAAAAAUCAUAAUUUGUUUAUAUUGAAGUUUAAGAAAUGUAUUUCACACCUAAAGUUACACUUAUUAGUGUUAUUUUCAUCCUCAACAUUGCUUAUAUUUUUUGUCCAUGUUGAAACCUUAAAAUUAUUGCUGCAUUUUUAAUAGAAACAAUGAUUACCAUGUGCACCAUAGAGUGCAGAUUUUUUCCAUGUACUGAUAUAAAAAUAUCUACAUGAUAAUUUUUAGAUACAAUUUUAAAAAGUUUUUCUUCCAUACUUAAAAUUGUUGAACUCAAAAAGUUUAAGUGCUUUCAAAUUAAUUACACUAUAGCAUUUAAAAUGAAAAAAGAUAUUGAUAUGUAUCAUGCUAUGAUUUUAUUUAAUACAUCUUUUAAAAUGUACUUGUCUUAUUCAUCUGCAGCUGUUAAAGUUUGGUAUUUUUAAAAAGGAUAUUUUAUAGGAUUAUAAUAAUUUGGAAUAAUUUGAAAUCAUUUUUAGAAUUAUUUUUUUUCAGUUAUAAAAGUUUUAAAAAAUAUAACAAAUGUUUUGGUACAUCUAAUACAAUCAAUACUCAUUAGAGUUCAACUCACAAACAGCAUUUCAAAAAUGCUGUAAGCAUUCCAAGUUUGAAUAGCUACAAGGUUGUAACAUUUAUUUUUAGUUAUUUAAAAGAAAAAUAUUUAUCAUUUGAAUGGUUGAAAAUUGACUGCUUCAUGAAAAAGUGAUGUAGAGGCGUUAUGAUUAAUUGCCAUUGGUUUGUGAAUGGGUGAAGUGUGUACUAAUUCUGACAAAAGAUUUCAGAAUGUGCUUGGUAAAGAGAGUACUUGAAACAAAAUGGAGUAAUAGUUUGGAACAAUUGACUUACAUUUCGUGCUCAUUGUUGUCUAAAAAUAUUGUUAAAACCUAUUGUUGUGAAAUGCAAAUCUUCCCUAAUCUAUGAAUGUGCUUUUGUUCUGUUUUCACAUGCAAUUUUUUUAUGUUAUUCGACAUGUUUCAAAAUGUACAAAUGUUACAUAGUUUGUGAAAUGAUUGGAACAGAAUUAUUUUUGUGAAAUGAUUGAAACAAUAAUUUUUGUGAAAUGAUUGGAACAGAAUCAAUCUAUUCAAUUUUAUAUCGCAUUACAUCUUUUUUGUAAAUCCUUAAAGCAUUGUUAAACAAAAUACCACUAAAACUAAAAACAUUUAGUGUUUCUAUAGUUGUUAUUGUCAAACAAUCACAUUUUAUUUUUAAAAGUGUUACUUUAUGACGUGCUGUCAUUUCUUUGUGGUGAAAUUAUCAUUAAUGUUGACAAAAUGUCAUUUUUU